CGCUGCGAUACGCACUCGCGAGCGAAACGCAAAGUGGAUCGAGUCAGUACUGGACAGGCUACCACUGUGCGGUGUCACGUGUGCCGUCUCGAGAGAAUUACUCGACGAUCGAUUCGUCCGACGCGCGAAAUUUCCCGACGAAACGAAAAACGAACAACCGAACGGUGAAACGGUGAAACGGUCACAUUUUAUUACAAAUAUCGGAUUACCCUUUCUCGCGAGAUCUCGUGAGGCAGGGAACUUGAGAAGAACGCAAUGUCAGCUGCAGUGAGGGAGAGAACAACAACGCACACCAGCAGAAAGAUAGUGAGUCAUGGUAGUCCUAUAUCGGGCCAGAGUCAGUCGACAACCAUGGCCAACAGCCUCGAAAACAACUUAGACGCUCUUCUCGAGGACUUGCAAACAAGCGUCUCGAGAAGUGCCACCCCGAGCCGAGGCGGCAGGACGCUUUCGCCUCAAGUAGAGUAUCGCGUAGCUGCAAAUCCUACCAAGGUGGUUUCCGAAGGCAGAGCCAUCUCACCCACUAGAACCAUGACCACCACCACUGAAAAAUAUGUAAGCACCGGGCCGAGUGGUGCGCCGAGCGGUAUACCUGAUUUGAACUUCAUCGAUUCAGAAUUGCAAAAUGUGCAGCCUGGUCAAAGCAAAACGGUCGCUUAUAAACAGGUGUCGUAUCAAUAUAACAAAAGUCUGGAUGGAAAACCAAUUGAUUCGUGGGUAGCAGACAACGCAUUAACCAACACCAGUACGGCUUUGAUCGAUGAUAUCCGAGAAAGGAGUUACGAAGAAAGCACAAUCCCCCGUGGCUUAGAACCGGUCAGCAAAUCGGUCAACAGAGAACUAGUGUAUAACGACAGUUGUGUAUCUCGUUCGAAGCAAACUUCGCCUUUACCAGCAGGUACUCAGAGGGAUGUGAAAUAUAUUCACGAGUCUUCCAGCUAUCAAACAGAACCAGCGCAAAACACGACGGUAACGACGACGGUGCACGCGAAUGCCGCGCAAGAAUAUGGAAACGUCGAGUACGUACCAGUGCCAUCGCCAACACCAGCGAUACCGAUCAAUCUGGCACCGGGUCCGAACACCAAAGUAACCACUACCAUUAAAACGUACACUUACGAGCUACCAGGACCGCCUGAAACCUAUUUACCAGGUGGCAACGCGCCAGGCACCGUUGUGCUGCCAGGUGAUCAAACUAUCACGUACACGAUACCGAAAGGAACUAGCUCCACGGACAAAACCAUCGCUUAUCAAACCGUGACCGAGAACGUUCCAUCUAGAACACCAGCCAGAUACAGCAGUCCGCCGCCUCCUGUAACAGACGUGACAAAGAAAUCUACCACGAUCCAUCAAGAGUCAAAGUUCUAUCACGAAGAACACCACGAUAGUCCGGCCAACGUGCAACCAACCACCACGGUCUAUCAUCCUGGUUCACCACUCUUGGCAAAUAAAACAACGAUCACGCGAAACGAAAAAUACUAUCAGGUGGAUGGAGGUUAUCCAAACGGUCAUACGGCUGGCGAUCGACCACCGGAUCAUCCGACAACCACGGUGAUCUAUCAGAACCAACCACCGACUAUAAACGAGACUCGCACAACGAUAAAUCGGAUCGAGGAACAUUAUCCUAGUCGACCACCGUCCGGCGGACGACAUCCGACGCCCGAUAAACCGGCGACACCGGUCAAUUAUUAUACAUUACCAGCACAGUCGUCCACUUCCCCGCCGCAGUCUACCACGACGAUAUACAAAUUUUCCAACACCACCACGUCCAUACCUCCGAACAAGAAUCCCGAAGAUCACGAAGUUUUGUUACCUAAACCGUUCCCGACCGAGGCUGUUCAGCUUUAUCCAUCGAACAAGCCGGCUAACAACAACGUGCAAACUCCGCCCAAGAAGUUGGAGGAUCUCAUGGCAUCGUUCUCCGACACGGAGCGCGAGGUCCUAGAAGACAUUGAAAAAAGGGAAAAGGAACAACAGAAGGAGUCCCCAACGGUGAAAAAGGAGGUUGACUUUGUACCCCAUACACCGCCAAAAGUAAAAAGUAAAAAUGUUGCUGGACCUCCAGUUUAUUAUCCUCCCGGAGCAGCAGAAUUCACUAAGAAAGAAGAGGCUAGCGCGGCUAUGUCACAGUCUGGUGGUGGAGGAUGGCAAAAGGCUAAGGCGAAAUACGAAUACGAAGCGUCUGGUAAAAGUAAAUCGAAAUCGAGUAGCGGCAAAGCUGUUGUUCCUGUUUGUUUGCCACUUUGUUGCGCCUUGCCAUGUGUAAUUAUGUAAAUUAUAUCGAUAUUAAUAUCAAUAUCAAUAUCAAUAUUAAUACUUGAUUAAUCUUGAUUAAGCGACUUAUUAGUCGUGUUUUGAACGAUCGCGCGUCAGAAUCCAUCAGUGUUCCGCCGCUUUCGCCACUUGCGCCACUUGCGCCACUUGCGCCACUUGCGUAGAAUAAAAUUUAGAGAACAACUUUAACGUAAGAAACGGUAAACGAUUUUAAAAAGCUAUAAAAUGAUUACGAAUCGAUUACGAAAUAAAACGCAAGCAAAUAUUUUUCUGAUUCUUUGUUUGUCAUAUAUACGACGUAUAUAUAACAAUAAAUAAAUAUACGAUUAGAACUUGAUUUAAUUUUAAUUCGAAGUAGCAAUUGUAAUUACAACAAAUGUAAGGUCAAAUAUCGUCGUACCGUGAUCGUAAGCUUUCUUAGUUACGCAUAAUCAUACCGAUGAAUUAUCGAGAUUUUAAAUCUCGCCGCAUAUUCUUCCCUUAAUCUCUACCUCUACUUUCUCCGUGUAAUAAUUUUUCCGAUCAAACGUUAAAGCAACGACAUCUCGUUCAAAUUUCUUCCUUUUCGUUCUUUUUCAUUUUUACAAUACUAACUACUUACAUCGUUUUAACACGCAUUAUUACUUCGAUUUUAUAGAGAACGGUGAAUUCUCAUCCUGCUGGAUACAGAAUUAGUCACAAAUGCAUGUUCGUACUUCAGCGAAUGAACUACACGUUAAAAUAUAAUAUAUAAAAAGUAUAAAAUAUAAAAAACCGUCUUACGAGCAUCGUGUCUUACGUACCUCGGUUUCGGCGUCGAUCAAUGAUCAAAGAAAAUAUUUAAAGCGUCCACCGCGUAUCCCGACUGUCUCGUCGACACACGCACCACUUGACAUCGAGUCCCGUACUCGCUCCAAAAUACCAGAUAUAUUCUUCUCGAAUCCAAGUUUUUAUCCUUUGCUCUCGCAAAUUCUAUACGGUCGUUCGCUUGCCAUAGACUUUAGAUGGUUCCGCAAGAAUACGUAAUUCAGAUCGUCAUGGACGAUAAGGAUGUUCUCUCACUGUUCAAAGUUUCCUUUGAUCAUCCACAACCCGAAAACGAAGGCACAUACAUUGUAGGGCAUACACGUGGUUAUAGGACGUUCUUUACUUAUUUUAAUACGUAGAAUCACCCUUUGAAGUACGGACAUGCAUUUAUAAUUCACCCUGUGUAUUACACUGGGUUUUGCUUAGUGUAACAUCGUCCGCUGUAUUCGUAAGAAUAAAAACCUUAUAUGUUUUUUUUUUUUUUUUUUUCUUUCCUUACUACAAAAAUACUCUUUUAUACUCCUCACAAGUUCUACGUUUCGUCAUAUGCAGUACAUUAUAUUUAUAAUUUUAUACAUUAUAUGUAUAAAAAUAUAUCAUUAUAUAAACUACGUAUUUUUCACUUUUAUUAAAAAUUUUAUAAAAUUUUAUAAAAUUCGAAAUAGUUUCUUUCAAUAAUUAUUUUCUCAGGAAUCGAAGAUAUUCGAUCGAACAUUACGAUAGAGAGACGUUUUGCAGAUAUAUUCAUUAGUAUAUAUGCUUUUCUAUCGUUGUAUUAUUAAAGCGAUACUUUACGAUUGUCUUUUCACUUUUAUCACCAUCUAUUACGACGAACAGUUACAUAUUUAUCCGCUUACAGAACGUUGUCUGUAUAUGGAUUUAACAAUAUGGAUUUAAUAUGGAUGAAAAUAUGAAUUUAAAUGCAACAAAUUUCAAUAGGAACUUAGAUAAAGUUGUUAAGACAAAUAAAAUAUAAGACGAUACAUUUUUCUUCGUAGUUUAAUAUAAUCUUAGUAGAGUAAAUAAAUAUAAGUAAAAGUCAUAACUAUAUCAUUCUUUUAUCGUGUUUAAAAAAUUCUUGUAAUAGAAUAAUACCGUGAAUUAUGGUGCUAUAAUAAUUUUAGUAAACAAAGACAUGUAAAUGUUAUGCGCUGUCAUUAAAUUUUUAGUUUGUGUAUUAUUAGAGUACAUGGUUACAGAUACGUUUAAUAUGUUACGAGUAUGUAAAAAUUGUGCCAUGAGACGAUAUAUAGAUGUAAAAUGUGUGUUAAUAGUAGCUUCUAUUUCAAUAAAAUGUCUACUCCGGCUA